AUGGACGAGGAAAAUGAGCCGGAAUCGAUUCCAAAUGAAAAUUUGGAUUUAGAAUCUGAUGAAUAUGAUGAUGAUGUGGCCGAAUUAUCUUUAGAACAAGUAAUCGAAAUAAUGGAAGAAGCGUGGCUCAACGAAAAAUUCGCUCCAGAAAUCCUACCAAACAAACGAGAAAUCGUUGAAAUACUCCUUGGCCAAAUAGGCCACAUGGACCAAAAAGUACAGCACCUAGACAGCCUCGAUUUCAAAAGGGCCUUUUACCAAAAGGAAAUCAACAGGCUGAAAUUUUUGGUUACCAGUUACUUGAGGAUGCGAUUGGAAAAAAUCGAAACUUUUUCCAAACACAUUUUGCAACAAGAACGACUCAGAGUGACCAACAAUGAGAAUUUGUAUUUGAGCCAAAACGAAUUGGAGUUUGCUCAAGAAUAUGAAGAAAAUCUAAACCAACACUUUGAAUCUGUGAUGAGUUUUUGCCCCACUGUUAUGAACGAGGAAGCCCUUAUCGUCAAACCAAACAUGCGCAGCAUAGUUUUUUUGAAAGCCAAAAAGGAUAUUGAAGGCAUUUUGGUGGACGAAAGCAAUGAUAUUACUGAUUUAAGUACUGGAUCGAGAAUUUUGAUUUGUUAUAAUAAUGUAGCGAAUUUAGUUAAAAGUGGUGAUGUACAUUUAUUGUAA